GGCGGUCGUCCUGGCGGCGGCGGGGGUGGUCAGAUGGCGAAGACGGGCCCCGGCUCGGACCCCAACAUGGCCGCCGAAGAACAGGUGCGCGCCAUCCUGGAGGAGCCCAUGUCGGACGUGAGCUUCACGGCACUGCCCGACCCCGCCCCCAACGACCUGGGCGCCAUCGAGGAAGCCUUCAACUCGGAGGCGGCACGCCAGCUCUUCACCUCCAGUGUCAGCCUCGACUUUGACCUUGGCAACCUGCUGUCCGAGUAUAAGGUGGAGGAACUGCUAGCUGACGGCGGGCGCACGGCACUGAAUGAGCGGCGAAUGCGCAUGCGCAGACAGCUGUCUGCUUCCGGCGAGUUGACGCCCCAGCUGCAACAACUGAACCUGAGGGUCAAGGACGAGCCAGACAGGACCCAGUGUCCGGCGGAGAGGGGUCCGGGCCCUCCGGCCCGCUCCAUCGCCGUCAAUAACCCGCUGCUAGCUAGUCUGCUGGAGUCGUCCGGCGCCAAGGGUGCGGCCCCGCAGUGCGCGCCCAGUUCAGUACCGUCUCCGUCCUACGUGUCCGAGCCGUCGUUCGCCGGGCCGGGUCGCGCCGAUGGCGCCCCCUGCCACAUCAAGCGCGAGAAGCCUGACCCCUCUGACGGGCUCGGCGACGAGGGUGACGAUCUGGCCGACUUUAUGUGUUCGGGCGACGGCGGCGGCGGUGGCCACGGUCCGUCGACGAGCGGCGCCGGCGGCGACUACUACGCGUCGGCGCUGUCUGGCGGCGAGCGGUCGUCGGCGCCGGCGGUCGGCGCGCCCGAACGGCCCGGAGAGCUGGAGAACGGCUCCAAGCUGCUGGAGAUGCUGACGUCCGAGGGCGCGCCGCCGCCGCCGGCCGGCCGACCGCGACCCAUGCACGGCCUCCCUCAGCAGCCAGGCUCGCUGCCGCCCAGUCCGGCCGACAGCGGAGUUUCGGAUGUCGACAGCAGCAGCGGGAACGCCAGCAACGACGAGUCCAAGCCCCGUCUACACUUGGUCGGUCGGACGGACGACGUUCAGCACCCCGCGCACCCGUUCUACGGCCAGCAGCGGCAUCCGUUCCGGCACCAGCCGUACCCCAGACCUUCCGUGCCGGACAGCCUGUACGGCGGCGCGGCCGGGUACGCGGCCGGCGGCCCGUCAGUGCCCACGUCGCCGGUGGCGUUGUACGCCUCGGGCCUGGGCCUGCCGGGCCCGCUGUUCGGCGAUGGUGGCCCGUUGGCGCUUCCCUCGCCGCUGCUCGGCAGCCCGCCAGCCACCAGCCCCGACGCCAUGUACCGCGCCGGCGCCUUCGAGCUCGACAUCAACCGGCGCCGGGGCCGCCGACCGCGGCCCGACGGCACCUCGGCGCCCAAGCGCAAGAGCAGGGACGGCUCGUCGCUGUACCUGUGGGAGUUCCUGCUGAACCUGCUGCAGGACGCUCGCUACACGCCCUCCAUCAUCAAGUGGAUCAGCUUCCGCGAGCACGUCUUCAAGCUGACCGACUCCAAGGCGGUGGCGCAGCUGUGGGGCCGGCACAAGAAUAAGCCAGACAUGAACUACGAGACGAUGGGACGCGCCAUGAGGUACUACUACCAGCGCGGCAUCCUCAACAAAGUGGACGGUCAGCGGCUGGUGUACCAGUUCAAAAACGUGCCCAGAGACCUGAACGAUAUCGUGGAGAUCGACUGCUCCGGCUCGUAGGGUGGCGCCCGCCGCGCCCGCUGUACAAACUGUACAAACGUGUGAUAUACUGCCGCGUAGGUGUGGAUGUGUGAGUCGCACGGGCGAGUGACGUGCCUUCGAGAGCGUGCGACGGAAGAGCGCCAGCGUGGACGAGUCUUGAGAAGAUGCGCCAGCAGUGAAUGCCUUACACCAUAUGGCUCGGCCCGAACAGUGGGGCCCUAACAAUAUAUUUUUUACAUCUAGGCUGCGGGUGAAAAGUGAACAGUGUGAUCUCACUUUUUCAAGCCUACUUAAUGUUCGUUGGUGCGUGGGGCAUAUAUCAGCAGCGUUCUCGUAUAUACAAGCUAUACAUAUAAUUAUAUCUGUGUUUGGCGGCGUAGGUUGCGCCCGCUGUGUACAGAUUAUUUACUAGCAUCGCGCGCGUGGCUGACGAGUGGCCCGAGUUUCUAGUACCUGACUGAGGAGUGGCCAAUGUCUGCCGUUCGCUGUUGGGGGCCUGUCAGCCCCAUCGGUGCCGAAAGCUCUCACCGCUCCACAGUCGGGCCCGCCGCCGCCCGGUGCCGGACUCGACUGUAUUCCAGGCUUCCAGUGUAACCCCCCUCCCAGUCAGGGGUGGCCCCGCACACCCUGUUGUUGGUGUUCAGUCACUUUUGCUGUUACUUAAUGGCUUCGGUGGUUGCGUACUUAACCAUAUGUUUGGCCGUUACUUAGCUACGUGUUCUCGGGCUGUCUGGAACCACAUGUCAGAGGAGCAGAAAUCUCGCGCAAGACAAUACGCCGCGUCUUCGGACCAUGGCCGGCCGGGCGUCCACCGAUCGUACGCCAGUUCCGUCACCUGCACAUGCUCGUCAAACAUAGACACACAUCCCACGAACGCCCACGCCCUCCCCCCCCCCCCCGUCCCACUCAGCGGCCGCGCGGGAUCGAGACGCAGCAGGACGCGACCCACGUUUUACGUGUAAGGACUGUUUUCCGGAAGCAGCCGUGGUUCUGGUGUUUAGUGGUCGAUGGUUUGAUAGGUGUCACCAUCCAACCCUUCAUGUGCACCAAGCUCCGGUGUUUCUACAUAUCUACUUGACAGUUCACGUUCAGUGACGAUCAAAUCCCAGCCACGUGUCUUCUGGAUGAUACCGUACAACGCGUGUAAUGUCUCGUGAAAUAUAGAGAAACACGAAAG